GCAGACCCGGCCGCUGUGCUGGGCUCCGGCGGAGAACGAGCGGGCGUCAUGGGGCGCGGAAGGGCCACGGCCGCCCAGGAAGAGCGGCAGAAGAAGCUUCAGGAGUAUUUAGCAAUUAAAGGAAAGCUGAAGUGUCCAAAUACAAAACCCUAUUUAAAGGACCGGACCAAUCAGCCAAAUCCACAGUUACCACGACUUUCUAAAUCAGGGCCUGUUGUCCAGCCCCAGAAGGAUGUUCUCUCAAAAGUGUCCAAAUGCAUACUGAAGGAUCAUGCACCUCCUGUCAAAAACACAAGAAGUGCACGUCGUGCUCUUCAGCACAGGUCCUCAAAUGCUCCUGGGUCCCAGAGGCCAAAGAGUAUACCUCCCAACCUUCUGGGAAAGAGUACAGGGCCACCUGCCAACCUUCUACCAAACAAAAGCCAUUGCAUGCAACUGAACAGAAUGGCAUCAUUGUCUACCUGUCAUCAGUUAAAUCAAAUACAAGAGACUGUGAAAUCUGAAAAUCCAGGCUCAGUCACCGGUCAAAGGGCUGUAACGUUGACCCAGACUGGAAAUGAUCCCCAGCGUGGGGAGCACCACUCAGUAACUGAGAAUUUGCAAGAAAUGGCAGACUGUGAUAAAGUAAAUCUUCCUAGUAAAACCAUUCUAGAAUCUUCUGAGAACAGGACAGAGUCUGGACUGGACAUCAAAGUACAAUCUAGGACUGGUUUAAACAAGCCAGAGAGCAAAAGAGGUUUGGUUCACAGGCAUACCUUGGGCACAGCUCCAAGGAACAAUAUGAGUCUGAAAGACAGAGUUACUGCCUGUCAGACCAGUAAGGAACUAAUUUGCAAUAAACUAGCAAAAUCUCUACCUGGCAGUAAAGUCGUGUGUCCUCAAAGACCCAGCAGCAAAGCCCAGGGGUCAGUGCCUCCUUCCCAGAUAUUUGCUGUUUCUAGUACUCGGCUAUCCAAGAAAUCAGGUGCAGAAAAACAGUGUCUACAUCCCAGUGUUGUGAGGCAAAACACAGUGAAAUUACAGGCAGUUGGAAUGCUCGGUCUUGCAAGACAGCCCACACAAAAGCAAUAUGUGAACCACUCAAGAACAUGUAAAACUCCUGGUGCUCUGGAAGUUGGAAGGUCCAAACAACAGGCUAGAGCUGGACAAGAUCUGAAACUGACAAGGUCUCCCAUAAAUUCUCAUGUCUCCAAAAGGCCCUCUGUGAUGGAACCGAAAGUAAAAUCAAAACCCAUGUCAGAGAGACCCAACUCAAAAACAAGUGGCACAACCAACUGGCAAAUGAAUGCAACAAAAAGGAAGCAGUGCAUUAAAGACUUGAAGAAAGCUUCUCAGACUUGCGAUACAAAAUCCAAAAGCACUCUCCCCAGAAACGGUACUGCAAGCACAUGCAAGUCCAGAGACCAAGCCAGUGUUGGCAUGCUUAGGAAUGUGAGAGAAACACCCAAGCGAGAGCUGUUAAGGGUAAAAGAGGUUCUGCGUAAUCAGGAUUCCAAGACCCCAGCUGCUGAGAAUCGCAAGAAGCAACUGGAGCAGUGGUUGGCAUCCAAAGGGAAAUCGUAUAAACGUCCACCCAUGACACUGCCUGCUAAAAAGCCAACCAAGAAGAUGGUGAACCUGUCCUUCUGGAAUGGCAUGGAGGAGGAGGAGAAGAGAAAGCAGCUCUGCGUGAUGGACAAGAUCAAUGGCAUGUUGGCAGAGUGUCUGGAACUUGCUGAGAAAGGUUUUCCUUCAGAGGAGCUCUUUACCACACUGUCCAGUAUCCCAGAGGCAGAGAAGUUUGCCAAGUUCUGGAUCUGCAAGGCAAAGCUGCUGGCUCGUAAUGGCACCAUUGACAUGACUGGGUUGUAUGAAGCAGCGGUCUGUGCUGGUGCUGCGCCAAUCCAGGAGCUGAGAGAAGUUGUUGUUGAGUUUUUGAAAAAUACAGACAACGUGUAUCAAGGGGUCUCUGCACACCCUUCUGCUGAAGUCAGCUCUCAUAUAGUGGAGGAUGCAGCUGAACAGCCAGUGCUUCAGGAGCCCAGAACUCCUUGUCCUGGCAUGAGAGAGCAGGUUGUGGCAACUCCACAGUCCAGUUUAAGGUUCUUGACUAGCAACCCAGUCUCCUUGAUCAAGUUACAAGUUGUCCCAGUGCCCAGAAUGAAGGGAUUGUCUGAUAUGCAAGACUUGAAAUACAUAACCCCAGUGCGGCGUUCUCUGCGGAUAGAGCAUGCCAUAUCCCGUUACCCAGAGAUGCUGAGGGAACAUGACACCGUGGUGUCUUCCCUUGAUGAAAUAAUAGCCAUGGAGGAUGUGAACCAGGUUGUGUUUCGUAAAAAUGAGGCCCUACUGGAAGAGGAGGAGCUGGAACUUUAGGCUGGUGGUGUCCACAAGCUUCAUGGCCUUCUGUUAUGGUUUCCUCUGCCUGACUAAAGGGGAGGCCUGUAAAUAUACUGGGGGAAAUGUGUAAUUGCCUUUUACAGUGUUACUACUCUUAAUAAAUGUACAUACCCUGUGA